UGUGUGGUUUUGCGCUUCUGUAGAUGAAUUCGCUGUCAAUGGCCCGCUGGUGGACCUGUUUUCUAUGAAUGCCUUGGCUUCUUACAGCCAAAAUGCCAAGUAUUUCAGUUGUUAUGGAUAUGUUAUAUUUUGUAUGGAUAUUUCCAAUGGUAGGGGCUGUCGAAGAAAUACUCAUGGACUCUACGACGGCAACAGCAGAGCUGGGAUGGACUAUCUACCCAGCAUUGGGGUGGGAGGAGGUGAGUGGAUACGACGAGAACAUGAACACCAUCCGCACUUACCAGGUGUGCAAUGUCUUUGACAACAACCAGAACAACUGGGUACGCACCAAGUACAUCAGCCGGCGAGGGGCCCAGCGCAUCCACGUGGAGAUGAAGUUCUCGGUGCGGGACUGCAGCUCCAUCCCCAGCGUCCCCGGCUCCUGUAAGGAGACCUUUAACCUUUACUACUACGAGACGGACUCAGACACGGCCAAUAAGGUGUCCCCGGCCUGGAUGGAAAACCCCUGGAUCAAGGUCGACACCAUCGCAGCCGACGAGAGCUUCUCCCAGGUGGAUCUGGGCGUCCGAGUGAUGAAAAUCAACACGGAGGUACGAAGCUUCGGCCCUGUGUCACGCCAAGGCUUCUAUCUGGCCUUCCAGGACUAUGGUGGCUGCAUGUCGCUCAUCGCCGUGCGCAUCUUCUACAGGAAGUGCCCCCGCGUGGUCCUGAAUGGCGCCGUGUUCCCCGAGACCCUGUCAGGGGCGGAGAGCACCUCCCUGGUGGCAGCACGGGGCGUGUGUGUGCCCAACGGGGAGGAGGUGGACGUGCCCAUCAAGCUCUACUGUAACGGGGACGGGGAGUGGAUGGUGCCCAUCGGGCGCUGCAUGUGCAAGGCUGGGCACGAGGCGGUGGAGAAUGGCACCGUGUGUCGAGCGUGUGGCUCGGGGUUCUUUAAGUCUUCCCAGGGGGACCACCUGUGUCUCCAGUGUCCCAUCAACAGUCGCACCACCAACGAGGGGGCCACCAACUGUGUGUGCCGCAACGGGUACUACCGCAGCGACUCGGAUCCCCCGCAGAUACCCUGCACCACCAUCCCCUCCGCGCCCCAGAGUGUAAUCUCGAUCGUGAACGAGACGUCCCUGAGGUUGGAGUGGAGCACGCCACGCGAUGGCGGGGGCCGCGAGGACGUGGUCUACAACAUCAUCUGUAAGAGCUGUGGAGGGGGCCGGGGAGGCUGUACACGCUGCGGGGACAACGUCCAGUUCAUCCCUCGUCAACUGGGCCUGACGGAGACCAGCGUCCACAUCAGUGACUUGCUGGCCCACACGCAGUACACCUUUGAGAUCCAGGCGGUCAACGGGGUCUCCGACCAGAGCCCCUACUCACCACACUACUCCUCAGUCAACAUCACCACCAACCAGGCCGCACCAUCGGCCGUGUCGAUUAUGCACCAGGUGAGCCGGACACCUGACAGCAUCACUCUCUCCUGGUCCCAACCGGACCAGCCCAACGGCCUCAUACUGGACUAUGAGCUGCAGUAUUAUGAUAAGAGCAUGGCGGAGUGGAACUCAUCGGUGGUGCGCAGUCAGACCAACACAGCAGUCAUCCGUGGCCUGAAGCCCGGAGCUAUAUACGUCUUCCAGGUACGGGCUCGAACAGUGGCCGGAUUUGGACGCUUCAGUGGAAAGAUGUACUUUCAGACCAUGACCGAAGAGGAGUACAAGUCCAGCUUUCAGGAGAAGCUCCCCCUCAUCAUUGGCUCAGCUGCUGCAGGUGUGGUCUUAAUCAUCGCUGUCGUCGUAUUGGUCAUCGUCUGCAAUCGAAGAAGCUCUGAGAGAACAGAAUCUGAAUACACAGACAAGGUCCAGCACUACACCAGUGGCCACAUGUCUCCAGGAAUGAAGAUCUAUAUUGACCCCUUCACUUAUGAGGACCCCAACGAGGCAGUGAGGGAGUUUGCCAAAGAGAUUGACACCUCCUGUGUCAAGAUCGAGCAAGUCAUUGGCGCAGGAGAGUUUGGGGAAGUGUGCAGCGGGAACCUGCGUCUCCCUGGGAAGAGAGAGAUCCUGGUGGCCAUUAAGACACUGAAGGUGGGCUACACAGAGCGCCAGAGGCGGGACUUCCUGUCUGAGGCAUCCAUCAUGGGUCAGUUUGACCACCCCAACAUCAUCCACCUGGAGGGCGUGGUUACCAAGAGCGCCCCCGUCAUGAUCAUCACUGAGUUCAUGGAGAACGGAUCGCUGGACUCCUUCCUCAGGCAAAAUGACGGGCAGUUCACGGUGAUCCAGCUGGUGGGCAUGCUACGUGGCAUUGCGGCGGGCAUGAAAUACCUAAAUGACAUGAACUACGUGCACCGGGACCUUGCUGCCCGCAACAUCCUGGUCAAUAGUAACCUGGUGUGUAAGGUGUCUGACUUCGGGCUCUCGCGGUUUCUGGAGGAAGACACAUCAGAUCCCACCUACACCAGCGCCCUGGGAGGGAAAAUCCCUAUCCGAUGGACCGCCCCGGAAGCCAUUCAGUACAGGAAGUUCACCUCCUCCAGUGAUGGGUGGAGCUAUGGCAUCGUCAUGUGGGAGGUGAUGUCAUACGGAGAGAGGCCCUACUGGGACAUGAGUAAUCAAGAUGUGAUCAAUGCUAUAGAGCAGGACUACCGGUUGCCCCCGCCCAUGGACUGUCCUAGUGCCCUGCACCAGCUCAUGCUGGACUGCUGGCAGAAGGACCGCAACAACCGGCCCAAGUUCAGCCAGAUUGUCAACAACCUGGACAAGAUGAUCCGCAACCCCAACAGUCUGAAGGCCAUGACGCCGCUGUCAUCAAGUGUGCACCUACCUCUGCUAGACCGCAGCACGCCUGACUUCUCCAGCUUCAGCACCGUGGAUGAGUGGCUGGAUGCCAUCAGGAUGGGCCAGUACAAGGAGAACUUUGCCAAUGAGGAGUUCACCAGCUUCGAUGUGGUCUCCCAAAUGACCACAGAGGACAUCCUCCGAGUAGGGGUGAUGCUAGCAGGCCACCAAAAGAAGAUCCUGAACAGUGUCCAGUCCAUGCGGGCCCAGAUGAACCAGAUAACCUCUGUGGAGGUCUGACCUCUGACCUCUAGACGAGUAGGACACCAGACUAUACCAGACCCCCAGCCUGGUCUCCCUGUCAGACUGUGACCCGCCACCCCCAUCAGACCCCUUUCUCUAGACCAUCCUCCCCUGAGUUCAGUCAACAGUCUGCAGCCCGUACUGUACGGUCAGUCUGGUCAGUUUGCAGUCGUGCUCAGUCCACAACCACCACCCCCUCGUAUGUUACGUCUGUCUCUAGUGCUGAGCCUACGACAGUGUCCAGACUGUGUCCAGUCUCCAACUGCAGCCUGCCUGUGUUGAGUGCACAGCUGCAGCCCCUCCCUUUGUUUGUAGUAGGAUAUUGUUUACAGUCUAUUAGUUGGAUAUGAUUUCUACUAGUCCCCAGACUGAAACUCAACAACAAGACUGCCCUUUAAAAGGGCUAUUAAGAGAAGGUUGGGACUAAACUUCAUAGGACUUAACUCUCAUCUUUCACAGUGAGGUUCUGAGGGUAUCAGCGACUCCAACAAUAUGACCAGUACUCUGAAUGGAGUGGAUGGAAAAAUUGUAGACUACAAUACAGUUCCAUAGACUUUAUGGAUGUAAAAUGAAAUGACUCAUCUUCUGGAAGCAUCAGACUCAGCGUUCUUGUGAAUAAUGCUCUCUUUUGACAAUUUGAAAAUUGUGGAGAUUAUAUUUCUGUUUGCUAUCUACAGUACCUACACUUCUAAUCUCUUGAAAAUACGUUUUGAAAGUUAAAAAAAAAAACCUUUGAACACACUACUUCCAACAGCCCAAAAGAACCAUAAUAUAAAUGUAAUGUACUGUGCAUGUCAUUGUCUGGUACAUAUCAGAUGCACUUGACUCUCUGUCUGCAGACUAUGCGCUGCACGUAGCGCCCCGCUGUUGCUAGGGUUCUCAGUCUGUGUCUCAAUUUACUGUGGAGAGUUAGAAAAGUAGAUUACACAAGGUGCAAUUUUGGAAUUUGGUUGUGCAUCAGCAGUUCCAAAAUUAUUGGGACAUUUUUACAAUUUUUGUGGUUGUUUUAGCUCUAUACUCCAGCACUUUGGAUUUGAAAUGACACAAUAAGUAUGAGGUUAAAGUGCAGACGGUCAACUUUAUUUUGAGGGUAUUUUCAUCAAUAUCAGGUGAACCGUUUAGAAAUUAAAGCACUUUUUGUACAUUGUCCCCACAUUUUAGGGGACCAAAAGUAUUGGGAGAAAUUCACCUAUAUGUUUAUUAAAGCAUUUGCUAUUUGUUUUGGUUGUGUUUCAGAUGAUCUAGAAAUCUAUGGUAAAUAAUGUAUUGUGUUAUUUUGGAGUCACUUUUAUUGUAAAUAAGAAUUGAAUAUGUUUCUAAACACAAAUAAUGAUGAGUGAGAAAGUUACAGAAGCAUAAAUAUAUCUCUCUUCAAAAAAGGCUAACCUCCCAUGUUAUAUGAAAUGAUAAGAGGGUAGCAUGUCUUGAGGGUAUGAUAUUUGUGCAUCUAACUUUCUCACUCAUUAUCACUCAUGAUUCAUUCAGGACUAUCAAUAAUCAUUGUAUCAUCCACAUUAAUGUAGAAGUGUUUAGAAACAUAUGAAACAUACCCUCAAAUGUAAGCUGACAGUCUGUACUUUAACCUCAUAGUCAUUGUAUAAUUUCAUAUCCAAGAGGUUGGAGUACAGAGUCAAAACAACAACAAAAAUUGUCACUGUCACAAUAUUUUGGAGGUCACUAUAUUGUCAGUCAGUGGCAGUCACUCAAUUAGCCCAUGUCAGCUAACCAAAUCUUGUUUAGGGUCCCCAAAAGCCUAGGGGCUCUCCGUUGUUUCUCUCUCUUCUGGGAAUCACAGGUUGCCAUAGCCACUGAACCAUGUCGGCCAUUUUCAUUGUUUUGGAGUUCUGCUCCGUGCAAUCUUUGCUUCAGUGAGUAGUUUUUUUAAUGUUUCUAUGUGCACCUUAAUGAUGAAGUAGGAUGGGCGCUACCAUGACUUCUCCCAUUACAAAAUUGUUGUGUGCAAAGUUUAGAUUACGCUUUCCUUUUGCCCUCCGCUAUGUUUAAAGGAUCUCAUGUGAAUACCAAUGUACUUUGGUCCUGUCAUGAAAAAGCACUUGCCCUCCCCUUUAUGGUACAUACAAAAUGGCUGCCUUAGGUUAUGCAGCCAGGUGUUCAAAACUGUACUUGCACAAAUUGGUAGCCUCUGAAGCUCCACAGGUGGGAAAUGAUCAGAAAAGGAGCCUGCUGGUAUUUAAAAGACUUCACAGAACACUGUGCUCAUUUGGUUGGUUUUUAAAUAGUUUUUGUUUUUUGUUUUUAUACUGCUACAUAUGAUCACCUUUGACAGUAUGGAGCUGUGAAUUGUCACGUAAUCUGGGGUUAUACACUGCCGGCAUAUUGACAUGUAUAUACUGUUGCCGUUACUAUUUAAAAAGCUAGAACACGUGUUUAUGAAUCGUCUCAGAGAAAAGUGGGGACUUUUUAAAGAAAUGGAUGAAAGGUCAUUUGAAAAACGUACGGGCUUUAGUUUUUGUUGUACUGAGAGGUAGGGUAUACGUCUUCCUCCUAUUGUGCCAGCACAAAUCACAACAAGUUUACACGUUGAUACUCCGUCCAUAACGUACUGAACUUGAGGUUCAGGGAUCAGCAGGAAAACAUUUGAAAUGUUUUUGAAAAGUGUUGUUCUAAGCAGCCAAAAGAUACUAGACAAGUAAAUCCAGGAUAUUGCAACCUCUGGUCUUUGAGUGCUACAGUGUCUGCAUGCUUCCAUUGUCUCAGCACUUCAUGGAUAAAUCCCAAUCAGCCAUUCCAUAGGGCAUCUCACAUAGCAUUUAAUAGUUAUAAAUAAGGUACUAAUUAGGAGAAACCUCAAUGAGACAACAGUGUUAUUAAAAUGUUAUACUACUGCUACCCAACCAACAAACUCUGAUUUUCUUGGGAAAAGAGACACUCCCCACUUCAAUGAAUAGGAAUAUGUUCUUCCAAAGACUAUCAUCUGCAGUUCAUUACAGACACAUUGUCCUCAUCUUAUUAUGUAUUAUCUGUUGUUUAGCAUAGCUUCUCAUCAAGGUACAGCUUGUACAUUAAUGUGUUGGAAGCUUUGCUAUUUGAUCAUAUAGGAUAGCCCCAGACACUCAUUUACUUUGUUUUUAUAGGCCUAGCAUAACAAGUGGGGAGGCAAUGUACUAUACAAGACCUGAAUUUGUGAAUGAAGGAAGACUGUCAAAUCAAACAAAUCUUUAUUUGUUUAUUUUUUUUGCUUCUGUCAACAAAUACACUCAGAAAGAACCUGCCAUCUCUGUGUGUGCCAUUUGCUAACAAAAGAAACCAAAAUGGACGCUUCUACUGUAACCUCAAGUCAAUAUUGUUGUGCCCUCUCUAUAUGACCACAUUUAAGUUUUUGUCAUUCUCUGUGUGUAAAAAGAACUCUCAUUCCCAUGUUAAAACUGUACUAUUACUAUACCUCUAUACCGUUAUAGGACCUUUUCCACAUUCUUUCACGUUUGUCCUCCGUCCUUGGUCUACCAGCCCCCCCUCCCCGUCCAGUCCUAACCACUGUGAUUGCAUUGGGACGUUUUGUUUUCUGUAUAAAUGUACAUUGACUGUAACCCUGUGAAGGAUGUAACAAUUUUAAUUAUUUGUAAUACUGUUAUUUGUCUAUUUUAUUUUAGAAAAAAGACAAAACAAAAGAAAACAACAUCUACAACAACAAACUGAAAGCCGGUACAACUGUUUCAAUAAUAAUAAUAAAAUAUUGGUUACA